AGUCUGCUUUUCUAUGGUGGGGAUGUCUUUUGCCAGAUGAUGGUGAGCGAGGGUGCACGUUCCACAAAGCCGGAAGCGGGAUUGGUCGGCGCCCUAAAGCGGAUGCUGUGGGCGUAAUAUGUGUGCAGAUGCAACGGAUGCGACGGAUUCUAGGUGUAGAGAAUGGUAUGUUGAGGAGGAAUAGGGACUCGAGGGUGAAAUAAUGACGCACGUGGAGGUUUCGGUGGGUCUGGGUACUUGCUCAGUCUUCAGAGAAGGUGUGCGCAAUGCCAAUACCCCUAGAAAGGGGAACGGGAACAAGGCCGAUUCCCAGCCAGCGAAUCAAAGCCCGCAAAUGCCGCAAAUUCAGGUGAAUUUAAACCACCGUAGGGCUUACCUUCACCUCGGGACCAAAGUCGGCCCGGGACGCUGCAUAGGAAUGGUGGUUCGAACUUCGGCCAGCUCCCCAGAGGUUCGGCCUGAGGGCGCUGUGAAUGGCGGUUGUGCUGGCAUCUGGGCGCAUAAGGGGGGCCCUCGGUCACACACACGCAAGAAUGAGGGGAUGAAAGGAUGAAAGGUACGGAGUACUGAGUAUGUAAGCCGUUUCCGGAAGCGGCAUCGCUCCCCUUCCAUCUUCGUCACUGUGGCCCCGGGGGUCUUGGCGUCGGGGCCAUGAACUUGUUUGCAGGCGAAAUACCAU